AUGUCUGCUGGAGAGGACCAGAAGGAAACUGUGACCCCAGGUGGGAUGGACGAGGUGGUGGCCGACGAGCGUGUCGAGGUGGAGGGGACCGAGGGUGGCGAGGCCGGGGCAAGUGGAGUUGAGCACAUUGUGGAGGAAGACAUGGAGGCUGGCAAUGAGGCAAAGGCUCGCGGGAACACAGAGUACAAGGCUGGCAACUACCGCGGCGCGGUGGAGGCCUACACGGAGGCCAUUGCUCAUGCUCCGUCCGAGCCGGCCUUCCAUGCCAACCGCUCCAUGGCGUACAUCAAGUUGGAAAAGUACCACGAAGCGCUGGAGGACUCGCUCAAGGCCAUCGAGCUCAAGCCCGACUAUCUCAAGGCCCAUCUCCGCGCCGGCACCUGCUACCGCAUGAUGGGCGAGUUCUCCAAGGCCCGUGCCCAGCUCAACGUUGUCAUUUCUGCCGAUGCUGGCAACACGACCGCGAGCUCGGAGCUCGGCCUCAUCACUGUUGUCGAGCGCGACAUGGCCCAAGGCUACGAGCUGCUUGCCGCCGGCCAGGCCCGCCCCGCCUUUUCGGCCUUUAAGUCGGCCCAGCGGGUCGCCCCGCUCUCCAAGAAGGUGCUCAUGGGCAUUGCCGAGACGUACCUGGCGCUGGGACAGCAUGCCGAGGCAUCAUCGAUGGCCUCGCGCGUCCUCCGUGAGUCGGGUGACCGCAACGUUGACGCGCUCUACGUCCGCGGCGUGGCGCACUACUACCUGGAGAACUUUGACCUCGCCAUCAACCACUUCCGCAUGGCCGUCCAGUACGACCCGGACCACAAAAAGUCCAUGGCCAUGCUCAAGCAAGUCCGCAAGCUGACCAAGGCUAAGGCCCGUGGCAACGAGGCCUUUAAGGCCCGCAAUUUUGCCGACGCCAUUGAGGCCUACACCGCCGCCCUCGCCAUCGAUCCCAAGCACGACGCCUUUAACGCCAAGCUGUACAACAACCGUGCUGCCGCCGCCAUCCAUCUCGGCGACUAUGACUCGGCCGAGGCCGACUGCAACGCUGCCAUUGCCGCCGACUCGGGCUACGCCAAGGCUUACGCCCGCCGCGGCUCGGUUCGCCUCGAGAAGGAAAUGUACCAGGAGGCCGUCUACGACUACGAGCGCGCUGUGCAGCUCGAGCCCGAGAGCCGGAGCUUCAAGUCGGAGCUCCGCUCCGCCAAGCACGAGCUCAAAAAGUCGCUGCGCAAGGACCUGUACAAGAUCCUCGGCGUCACCAAGCGCGCCACCGACUCGGAGAUCAAGAAGGCGUAUCGCAAGCUUGCCCGCACCUGGCACCCGGACAAGCACGCCACCGCCGACGAGGCCGACCAGGCCGCCGCCGCCGAAAAGUUCAAGGACAUCCAACAUUGA